AUGCUACUCUUCACUUUAGGCGCCAACUCCGACUUCGACAAGCUGACACAGCUGGAUCUUUCAUAUUACGGGGAAGGCUAUGACUAUUUAUCUAUAAUGCACUACGAAAGCGAUGAAGGUAGUAAGAACGGUAGAAAUACGAUAGAAGCAAAGGACCCGCGAUAUACACCGCUUAUGGGCAAGGGCAUCGACUUUUCUCCAUCGGAUUUGAGACGAUUGAAUCGAGCUUACACCUGCUACGGCUACUUCUCUUAA